AUGGCGCACGCGGCAGGCCCCGAGCGGCGGCUGCUGGCCGUCUACACCGGCGGCACCAUCGGCAUGCAGAGCUCGGGUGGCUUGCUCGUCCCUGGGAGGGGUCUGGCUGCUGUAUUGAGGACACUGCCCAUGUUCCACGACGAGGAGCAGGCCUGGGCAUGUGGACUCCCCGAGGACAGACUGGUGCUGCAGGGAGUCCCCGCCAGCCCCGAUCAGAGGGUCAUCUGCAGGGUGCUGGAGUGCUACCCCCUCUUUGACUCCAGUGACAUGACCAUCACCGAGUGGGUUCAGACAGCCCAGACCAUAGAGGUACACUGCGAGCCCCACGGCGGCUUCGCGGCCGUCCUCGGCAACGCCAUGGCCUUCGCCGCCUCGGCGCUGUCCUUCCUGCCCGAAACCCCGCACAAGACCGCCACCCUCACCGGAGCCCGGGUGCCCAUCCAUACCUUGUGGAACGAUGGCUGUGACAACCUGCUGGGGGCUCUGCUCAUGGCCACCCAGUACGUGAUCCCGGAGGUCUGUCUGUUCUUUCAGAAUCAGCUGUUUUGGGGCAACCGUGUGACCAAGGUGGAUGCCCAGAGGUUUGCGGCCUUCUGCUCCCCCAACCUGCCCCCUCUGGCCACCCUGGGUGCUGAUGUCACAAUCAAUUGGGAGCUGGUGGGGAAGGCUGACAGGGAGGACUGGCUGGUGGUGCACAGCAACAUGGAGCAUGACGUGGGCCUGCUGCGCCUCUACCCUGGGAUCCCCGCCUGCCUUGUUCGGGCCUUCCUGCAGCCCCCCCUGACGCGCGUGGUCAUGGAGACCUUCGGCUCAGGGAAUGGGCCCACCAAGCCGGACCUGCUGCAGGAGCUGUGGGCGGCGGCCGAGUGCGGCCUGGUCAUUGUCAACCGCACCCACUGCCUUCAGGGGUUGGUGACCUCGGACUAUGCAUCCAGCAUGGCCAUGGUGGGAGCCGGCAUCGUCUCUGGCUUCGACAUGAUGUCGGAGGCUGCCCUGGCCAAGCUGUCAUACGUGCUAGGCCGGCCAGGGCUGAGCCUGGAUGACAGGAAGGAGGUGCUGCUGGCCAAGGACCUUCGGGGGGAGAUGACGCCACGCAUGGUGGACAAGCGCUGGCCCUUGCUGCGGGGCAGCACACUGGGCCACAGGGUCACCUGGCUUCUCAGUUUGAGCAGCAGCCAGCAGGCCAGUGCUGUGCGCGAGUCCCUGACACCCAGCCUGGCCUGUGCAGCGGCCCAUGCCGGUGACCAGGAGGCUCUGCAGGUGCUUGUGGAGCUGGGCAGCGACCUGAGCCUGGAGGACUUCAGUGGUCAAACCCUGCUGCACAUGGCCGCCCAGGGGGGCCAUGUCAGGGUGGUCACCAUGCUGCUGCGGAGAGGUGUAGAUGUGUACGCCCGUGACAAGGAUAGCCUCAGCCUGCUGCUGCUGGCCGUGAGGGGCAGGCAUCUGGGUGUCAUUGGGCUGCUGCGGGCAGCCAGGGCCCGCUUGUGCCCCCAGGACCUGGAGGACGCAGGGACGGAGCUGUGCAGGCUGGCAUCCAGGGCAGACAGCGAAGGCCUGUGGCCGGGGGCCAACCUGGGGCAGCCGGGCUAUGAUGGGCGCCAUGCCCUGCAUGUCGCAGAAGCAGCUGGGAACCUGGAAGUGGUGGCCCUUCUGCAGAGUCUUGAGGGUGGGGUCAGUGCCUAA